AUGGUUUCGACAUGUCCAUCAAACACUGCAAAAAGACCUGCACAGAUAGUCUUAGACACCAAGCAAAAACGACGCACUCCAGCUCAGGUCAAAGCAGACAACGCCCGCAUCCAGCAAGAGAACCAAGAGAAGGAAGAGAAGACCCAGAAGGGCAUCGAACGAGUUGCCGCUGCACAGGAAAAGCUUGCUCUUCAGCAGAACAACACCUUGGCUCUGAAGAAACCAUGUGCUCGUCCCAUUCCACGCGGCAGAAAGGCAACUCCGGCAAGUGCCCCGUCUGAAGCUGGGCCUGCACCUACCGAUCAAUCAAGUCAAGCACCAGCUGGCGGGGAUGGUGGCACCACUUUGCAGGGUCAGGGAGAUGCGGCGGAAAAGCUUCAAGUUGAUGAAGAUGACGAAGAUCUUGAGGCCAUGCAAGGAAAGAGAAAACACGUCCAGAAAACAGUCCAUCGUGAUGCUGUCAAUGCAGCACGUGCUAUCCUUGCUUCCAAGCCAUCAUCAGAUGCUGAUGGCAACUUUGAUGCGAAGUCAAGUCCGCAUUCAUCACAUGACAUAAUCGGCAAAGGAAGAACUCCGGCUGAUUUGAAACAAGCAUACAAAGGUGGCAUCAAAACAUGGGCUCAGAAGGUUCACACAGUAAAUGUCAAGAAAAAUGCCCACUCAGCGAAGGCACCACAAAGCCUGGCGGCGUCAUCUCUCAAUCAGUCUACUAAUACAGCACUCUCGCAACUCACUAGGGGAACAACAGCUGCAAGCACUGCCACUCCUCCACCAGGAACUCCAAGCAACUCAGUCUUUGGUGAUGAUCCAGAUAGUGCAGAAUGCUUUCUGGAUGAGGACGAUCAUCCCGAGCGGAUGGCAGCAUAUGCACUUGUAGGAAUGAGAAAGCCUAGCGGUUUGCGCAAUGCUGACAUCAUUGAGGUUAGGAGCAGUUCGUUCACACCACCUCCACCUCCGCCUUCACAAUAUAAUCGUGAGGCUGUUCUCAAAAUGGAGCCCGUUGACAUCUCCUUGGACCUUAGCAACAGUUCCAAUCAAGACCUUAUGUUCUUGGAGGAUGUAGAGGAUGCGGAGGACGAAGGUGAAGGUGAUGAUGGUGAUGAGAAUCCAGCCAUCAAAGAACGCUCCAAUCCUGCUCAAGCAACCAAGCGGACAACAGUAAUGACGAACGUGGAAGUCAUCGAUAACAAUUCUGAUGAGGCUCCACCCACCAAGCGCAUCAAAACAGAAACUGGAUCGAAGCCUGGAAAGGGCACUGGCGAAGUCACAAGGGCCAAAUACAAGAAUGGCGACCUCCCAGCUGGCUGCCUCGACAACAACACAUGGCGCGGUGUCUUCAUUCCCACUGUUGCUCAUGCUACUGGCAGAGACAACAUUGAUCCAUGGCUCAUUGAAGACGAUGUCCUCAUUCCAAUCCUGAAGGAAGCUUGGACAGUCAUUUAUAACGGAAAGCCAUCAUUGAUGAGCCACACCAUUGUCCCAGGAAGCGCAGUCUAUCAAGUUACAAAACAGCGCUUAAGUGAAUGGCGCGGUGGAUUUGCCUCCGCAGCUGUCAUGAUGUUCACAACAUUCGUGGCAGCUGACCCACUGUACGACAAUGAGGACAGCCGUGCUGAUUUUGCUGAUUUUUGGCUUGAGGACAACAGGUGGCUUUUUGCAAACAUUGAAUCAGAUGACAAAAAGCUGUGGACAGGAAUGUGGCAGUCCAUGUUCGUCCUGCAAACAUUUGCAGCACACCUCAACUACACACAAGGCCAUGUCUCCAUCCCGUCACUUAUGAGCGAGGAACAAUCUUGUCGAACAGCCCUUGCGCUCUCCGGAGCAGCGGUCAAGCAUGCUCUUCAUCUUCUGUCAACCAAACAGAUGAGCUUUGAAGUCAAGUCCACUGUCACCAAGGGCAAGAAGAAGGCCACACGGAAGGGCAAGGCUCCAGCUGACAACGCCGAGCAGUGGACCGCUGUGAUCAGCGAAAACGAGACUUUUUUGGAGCCACUGUGGGGAUACGACAGCUCAAUGUUUUUGCAGGCAAUCAAUCGCAUUCCCGCCAGCAAUAUGAAAAAUAUCAUUGAACAGGCGCAGCAGUACGUGAAAGCCACCACCACCCGCAGUGGACGGUCAAAGAUGGAUGCUGAGGAAGCCCAAGAUGGGGGCAUUGAUGAAGAGUAUGCUGACAUAUUUGCCUUUCAUUGA